UACUAUUUAUUGACGCAAAGCCUAACACCGUAAUAAAACUAAGCAAACAUACGUAAAAAAUAUCUCACUUUUUUGGGCAAGUCUCUAAAGAUAACCAAAGAUACAUAUAAGGUGAUUCGUUCGUCCCCAGUAUUUUAGAAUGAGAACCGACUGAAGACAAAAAAGAUGUGGUUAAAGGCACUUAUUUCACUGCUUAUGAUCCAAUAUUUGGCCGCCACAUGCAAUGUGUGCCAAAGUGCAAGCAAAGUGGCAUGUCACAAUGAAACCACGUUUUCCAUUUGCUACGACGGAGAGCCUUCGUAUGAUCUCCUGUCAUGUCCAAAGAAUUUUUAUUGCACCGAUGGAUUCUACACUUGCUAUCAGAAUGCCGAUCCAGUUUGCAAGUCAGAAGAGGACACCACCACCACUGAGAUACUAACUACGACCACCACUGAUAUUCCAACAACGACCACCACUGAGAUUCCAACUACGACCACCACUGAGAUUCCAACUACGACCACCACUGAGAUUCCAACUACGACCACAACGAAGGGUCCGUGGAAUGCCGAUGACAUCUGCCAGCAAGCAACAAAAAGUACCUCUUAUGAAAACGAAGAUGAUCCCUCCUGCACUACUUUUAUAAAAUGUACUGUUAGUACCGACGGAACCCAUUCUACAAAAAUCACUUCAUGCCCGACAAAUCAGUACUUUAGUACAAGCUUGAAGGUAUGCACAGCCACAAAACCGGAUGGAUGUGUGGAGGUGACAACAAAGGCAGCCACAACCACUGUGGCCACCACAACCACUGCAAAAACCACCGUGACCACAACAACCGCUGCCACAACCACAGCAGAACCCUGGAGUGCCGAGGCCACCUGCUUGACUAUUACCAAAUCCACUUUGUUUCAAAACAAAGAUGAUCCGACCUGCACUAGCUACUUAUAUUGUUAUGUCAGCAAUGGAUCAGCUACGGCUUUAAUAAAAAAAUGCCCGACGAACGAAUAUUUUGAUAUCAGCUCAAAAGUCUGUGGCGCCACAAAACCUGAUUAUUGCACCUAAUUUCAAAACUUGAACAUUAUCACAAUUAUUAAUGCCAAUAAAAUAACAGUAAAAACAA